UCGAUAAACACACUUUUUAAUAUAUUCUUGUUAUUUUUAUUUUGCACAUUUUACAUGAUAUGAUAGGGGCCCACGCUAGCGUUUGCCUAUAUUAUGUAUUUACACAGUUGACCGAAACAUCUGUCUGCAACGAAUAAAGCCGAAUGUAUAAUCGAAAAAACUAUUUUCAAGUGAAUAACUAAUAUGGUUUACCUGUGAAAUAAGAAUGAUAAUAUUGUUUUUAAAUUGUAUAAAGUAAAUCAUAAUUGAUAGUUUUCGAGAAAUCAUGUUACGUAGAAUAUUGUGACAGUUCAGUUAGUAUUUAUCUAAAAAAUAUGACAUUACAUUCUAAGGGUUGCUUUACAAUGUUCAAAAAUUGGUACCGGUGUUGCUUUUAUUAUAUUGGUAUUGGUCGUCAGCCUGAAGAUGUCGGUAUUAAUUUAGGAUUAUUACAAAAUGGAAAUACUAUUACAGGUAGCACCGAAUGUUACACUGUUCAAAAGAUUUCCAGUUUUGGAAGAGGCAUUUCACAUGAUGAUGACGGUAUCUCAGUGUCUGGAGGUGUUACAAGUGAAGGCGAAGAAGAAGACUUGCCACAAAAAUCGCAAAAUACAAUAAAAAAAAAAGGAAAGUGGAGUAAAGUUAUAAAAAAAACCAAAGAACCAAAAACUCCUGAUUCUUUUCACACUUUAGCUGGCGUAAGCAUGAUGAUGUUACAACCUAUUGCUUCUGGAGUUGGGUCAACAUCUACACCAGACCUGAGUAUAAUAUCAGUUAAAAAAGAAUUUUCAAAAAAAGAAGAAAAAAUGGAUUAUCUUUCUCCAGCAACUUGUAAAGAAAAUACAGGUUGGUUGAAAUCGCAGAGCAUGCAAGAUGUAACAUCAACAACAGAUUCAGAUAGUUUUGCUAUGUCAUCAGUCGUAAGUACUGGCGAAACAACGCCCUCUACUGUACGUUCUCUUCGAUUUGGAUCGGUUGCAACUUCUAUGAUGAAUGUUACCAGUAAAUUUACAUCAAUAAGAUCAAAAUCGAGUGAAACAGUAGCUAAUAAUUGGAGAAUAGCAGUAGAUAAUUUACAGUCUUCUGAUAUCAAUGCAUGUCAAGAUCAGGGAUAUGGAAAUAUUAGUUUUAAAGUUGCUUAUGAUCAACAAAUUAAAAAACUUUUUAUUCGUGUGGAUAAUUUGGAUGGCCUAGCGCCUAAAGGAAAAGAUAAACGACCUUAUAAAACCGUUUUAAAACUUACAUUACUGCCACAGGAAAAAACAACAAAAACCAGUAAAACAAUAGGAGCCGCUAUGAGUCCAGUGGUCAACGAAGACUUCUAUUUAAGCACUAAAAGUAUAAACAAUAAAGUUCUUAGAAUUUCAGUAUAUGAUCACGAGAACCAAGGAAAAUAUGAUGCAAUCGGUCAUGCAUUACUUUUUUUAGAUGAUUUAACGCUAUCAAAUGAUGGAGCACAGACUCUAAAACUUUACAAGAAUUCGUGGCCUAAAGAAAUGAAUAAUUCAAAUUUACGCAUUACACUGUCUUACAAAAAAGAAAGAGAAAUUUUACGUAUAGUUGUUCAUGAAGCUGCAAAUCUGAUUUUACCUCAUGAGAAGUCCAGAACUUUUGUCAAAAUUACUCACUUUAAUAAAGGAAAAAAACACAAGGAAUAUCAGUCACCUUCAGUACUCAACACUAUAUGUAAUCCUGAUAUAAUUUAUUAUGAGUUUACUGCAGAUAUUCGCAUGGAUAUGAAUAUGGCUACAAAUGGUUAUUUAGUAAUUUCGUUAAAAGAAAAAGGUUUUUUAAAAAGUAAUUUAGGUAGAGUAAUAUUUGGACCUUUAUUAUACACAGAGAGAGGUUAUGACUUAUCACCAUGGGGUAAAGCAAUUCUAACUAGAGACGGUGUUUCAAGCACAUUCAAAUUGUACUCCUAAAUUAUUAAGAUUUAAGAACAAAACGUAAUUAUAAAUGAUAAUAAUUACUUAUAAUUUUAGAUAUGUGCCUUAUAUAUUCACAUUUUUUAAAAUUAAUUAAUUAAUUUAGAAAAAUUAAUAUUGUUUCUUUUUGUAUUAAGUUUAAGUUGCGCGUGUUUUAGAUUGUAAAAUUUAAGCAUAGCCUUUAACUAAUUUUAGAAUAAAAAUAAACGUAAAUAUCAUCAAAUAUUGUAAUUAAAUGUCUGAUCAUAAGUAAAAAAACUGUAAUACAUAAAUAAUAGUAAUAGGAUAUGGUGAAUUAAAAAUUGAGAUAAUCUCAAUGACAUUAGAUAACAUUAAAGGUAUGUCGAAGAUAAGAGUACAAGAAAUAAAAAAAGAGGAGGUUCAACCUAACAAUUAGUGUAAUGACAGUAAUGUUUUUGAUGAAUAAUAAUAUUAAAAAAAAUGUAAAUUAAGAAUAAUGAUGUAAAAUUGAAGAGUCGAACUAUUUUUGUUAGAUUGCGUGCUAAACAUGACAAUAAAUUUUUAAGUACCAUUUACAAUAAAUCAAUUUAUAAAAAGUUUAUAUUUCUUCUUUUGUUAAUUUUUUGUUUGAAAAUAAAUUACUAUUAAGGUACUA